UCGGCCCCUCGUUUAAACAAUGUCCUCUGGCCAGAGCAACCCAGAGAGCCUCUGAUCACAGCACAACCUUGGACUUAUUUCAAGGGAAAUUAACCCGGAAACCCCUCCGCGAGGCCGUGAUCCUGAGCGUAUGCCCCUGGAAAAGCUAGGGAUGAGCACCUCCCUGAGCUACAAGUCCUUCUCCAAAGAGCAGCAAACCAUGGACAACCUGGAGAAACAGCUGAUUUGCCCCAUCUGCCUGGAGAUGUUCACCAAACCGGUGGUCAUCCUGCCCUGUCAGCACAACCUCUGUCGGAAAUGUGCCAGCGACAUUUUCCAGGCCUCCAACCCCUACCUGCCGACCAGGGGAGGCACGACUGUGGCAUCGGGAGGCCGCUUUCGCUGUCCCUCCUGCAGGCACGAGGUGGUCCUCGACCGGCACGGUGUCUACGGGCUGCAGAGGAACCUGCUGGUGGAGAACAUCAUCGACAUCUACAAGCAGGAGUCCACAAGACCGGAAAGGAAGUGUGACCAGCCAAUGUGCGAAGAGCACGAAGAUGAGAGAAUUAACAUCUAUUGUUUGAAUUGUGAAAUGCCCACUUGCUCCUUGUGCAAAGUCUUUGGUGCCCACAAGGACUGUCAAGUCGCUCCUCUCACAAAUGUUUACCAGCGGCAGAAGUCCGAGCUGAGCGAUGGCAUUGCAGUCCUGGUGGGGAGCAAUGACAGAGUGCAAGGGAUAGUCACACAGCUGGAAGAGACCUGCAAGACUGUUGAGGAAAGCUGCAGACGACAGAAAGAGCAGCUGUGUGAAAAAUUUGAUUAUCUCUAUUCUGUACUGGAAGAAAGAAAAAAUGAGAUGACACAAAUAAUCACUAGAACCCAAGAGGAGAAACUGGAACAUGUCCGCUCCCUGAUGAAGAAGUAUGCCGAUCAUUUGGAAGCUGUGUCAAAGCUGGUUGAAUCAGGAAUCCAGUUCAUGGAAGAACCAGAAAUGGCCGUGUUUUUGCAGAAUGCCAAAACAUUGCUACAAAAAAUUACUGAAGCAUCUAAAGGAUUUCAAAUGGAAAAAAUAGAGGAUGGGUAUGAAAAUAUGAACCAAUUCACAGUGAACCUCAGUAGAGAAGAAAAGAUAAUACGAGAAAUUGAUUUUGACAAAGAAGAGGAUGGAGAAGAAGAAGAGGAGGAGACAGUGGAUGGUGAAGACUUAGAUGAAGUCCACACAGAGUCAUCAGGUGAGGAGGAGGACGAAGAGGUGGAGGAGGAAGGGGCUGAGAUAGCAUCACAACCAUCUUGGCAGGACCCAGAACCGCAGAGCACAGCUGGAGAGCCCCCAGCUGAACCUGCUCCAGUGCCACUGGCCACCACCCCAGCUGGUCUGGAUGAGGUUGUGACACCAAGUGGUUCUCAACAGACCCCAGAGUCUGACACUCAAGUGCCGGCCACAGCAGAAUCCAUCGAUCCCUUGUUUUACCCUAGCUGGUAUAAGGCUCAGUCGCGGCCAUCAAGCAGUCCGAGCUCAGCCCCGGAGAGUGGGGUGGGAAAAGUAGGGCCUCCUGUUUCUCUGGAAACAAGCGCAAAGAAGGCAGAAGCCCCAGCAGCGGCAGCAACCGAGGAGAGCGCCCCAGGGAGUGGUAAGGAGAGUAAUGCCACUGCAGCCACCUCCAAGGCUGGUUCUGAACCAUCUCCUCAAGGACGAGUGGGGGAAACUCCUGUGAGCAAUGAGAGGAGUGACGAGCCGGCUCGUCAUGUCUUCUCCUUCUCCUGGUUGAACUCACUCAGUGAAUGAUACCUCACUCUGGCUGGCUUCUGGUGUGCUUCUCCUUGGAGGGACCACGAGUGCAGGCAGCCUGGCUGCCAUCAGCAAAGAAACUGGCCUGGAAAGGGACAUCCAAGCAAGUUUUGUUCCCAGGAACUCAGCUGACCUCCACAUUGUACCCAGCCCUUCAGAUGACAGUCCUGAGAGGGACAGGAGCAUGGGGACAAAUUGCUACACUGUAUUGUAGAGUGUUUUCCAAUAAUGUCUUGUUUCCAAGGGGAAAAUAGCAUCACUACAGUUGUAGGCUGAGCA